AGGCACCCUAGCACAGCCCAGCAGCUGAGAUGCCGCUAAUGCGGAAUUAACAAAUCCACAUGAGGAUUGUUUCCUUAUUUGGCAUCAAGACCGGGAUUUCGAUUCGCAGGGAGUGCGACCGCUGAGACGGUGCUUUACGUACAGGGCUGACAUGCCACUCUCGCAACUGAGUGGUUUCACCUUGGGCUGCUAGGAUCUUUUCUCUGCACCUCUAUUCUUCCGUCCUCGCUAGUCUCUCUUUCAACUCCAUAUCUUCAAUUUUCUUAUGUUAUUUUUUCUGCUUCUUGUGUUGCGACAAGACGCGUCUGCUCGUCUGUCUAAGCAGCCAUGAACUCCUCGAUGGAUAGGUACGAGUAUAGUACAUUGGAGGUGGAUACGGAGGCGCAAAACCGCCACCUCGAAGAAUCGGCGCGCGCCGCGCAGGCACCCGAGGUCAACCAGAAUGCGACCGAACAUUACAACUACCCCGAAGUUGUCGCCGGUGGCGCCCCGAAAGCAGGCAUAGAUCCUACCCUCCCUGAACCCAUCCAGACACCGGAGAAAGAAGUAUUCGGCGCAGGAGCAGCAGGAGCGGCAGCAGCAUCACCUACAAUAUGUGGAAUAAAACGGAAGUUCUUCUGGGCUUUGGUUAUUGGGGCUGUGGUGAUUGUUGUGGGGAUCGUGGUGGGUGUUACUGCAGGCGUUGUAACGAGUAGGAAAAGCAGUUCCAACUCAAGCAGCAGCAGCGAUGAUUCGACGGAUACGACAGUAAAUGGCACUGCUCUUUACGCGAAUACCAGUCUCGCGACCGCCAACUUCACAGACGGGCUCGGUAAUGAGAAUUACCUGGUGGUGUACCAAUUAAAUAAUAAAGCCAUAUACAUGUCGGCGUGGAAUUCGUCAAACAAGAAUUGGGUUGUGUCUCCCAUCGUGGACGGCAAGACAAAUAAUUUGGGCUUCGAUAGCGUGAGGAAAGGCACUGCACUGUCUCUCGACGUCUUUGCCUAUAAUGAUUCGGCCCGCGAUAUCCACGUCUACUGGCAACUUCCCGACAGCGGCGGCCUCUCCACGAUUAAAGCCCUGACCUACAACGCCGGCAAGGGCGUCUCCACACAGUCCACCAUGCCGGCGGCAAAUUGGGUCGACUCAGCCGCCGCGAACAACUACAUCUCGACCGCCGGCUCCUCGCUCGUCUCGUACGGGAAGGCGUGCGACCUGUGCAACCAGUACACGUACCUGUACUGGCAGGCGUCGGGCGGGAUCAAAGCAGCGAGCUACCAGAACGACAGCAGCGGGUGGGACAGCGACAACAGCGUGAUCUCGGCGGGGAUCUCGGCGCCGGCGGAGAACAGCUCGCUGGCGCAGGCGUACGUCGCCGCCGCCACCGUCGACGGCCACCGCAGCAUGAACAUCUUCUACCGCGCCACCACGAGCGCGCUGUCGCAGAUCGUCAACGGCGACGGCAUGUACGUCGGCGCCUACCCGGGCCGCGACAUCGGCGCGGGCACCACGAUCGCCGCCUUCUCUACCGGCUUCAAUGAGACCAGCUCGAAUAUCACGGAUCACUUGGGCUUCCAGGUCUUGACGAUGGAUCCUACUGCGGACGACGGCGUCCAGCUCACUUACUACAAGGGGAGUACCUGGACCGCGGCUACCAACGAGGUUUCGUCGUUGUCGGAUUGCAAGGAGCUCGGGACUAUGGUCGCUAACCACGCGCGGAGGGUGUAUUGUCUGGUUUCUAGCGGGAGCGGCGUGGAUAUUGUCGAGUAUGCGUGGCAGGGCGACCCGAACGAUACGUCGACAUAUUCGAAUUAUACCAAGAUCGGGACCGUGGGCAUUACUGCUUCAUAAUAGAUAUCAAUAAAUAAAUAAAUAGGGGUAUAGAGAGCGCAUUGUAUAUAACACAAGUUAAAUUCAGCCGUAAGGUAUUUAGGUAGCGUACAUUACACCGUAGUAUACGGUCUUUGCGAGUCAAUGAAGACACAAAUUUCUAUGGA